AGUAAACCACAAUGGCUGAAGAGGAGGACCAGCUCUCGCUCGCUCGUCUCGUUGCACAGUUUCCUCUAGUGGAUCCAGAAAUUCUCUCUGCAGUGCUUCAACGCGUGGACUAUAACGUCGACGCUGCCAUUGAAGCACUCGAGAGAACGAUGCUCCACAACCAAGGUGAUAAUGCCAGACGGACGGAAAAGGGAAAACGUCCCGUUACAUCUACACGCGGGCGGUCAACUGAUGAUCUUGGAGGUCGUCCUAUGACAAGUCGAUCCAAGCAACGGAUGGAACAGUCAGAUGAAGCUCUUGCUAGAGACAUGCAAUCACGGGUCAACCGCCUUCCUAGUGCGCGAAGGCGUCAACUGGAGGAUCAAGUAUCAGAAGAUGAGCUCUUGGCUCGAGUAAUUGCCAUAGAAGAGGAUGAAAAAUUUGCAAGAAAUCAUUGGAACUUGCUCCCGAUCCUUUAAGGUUGCAAAGCGAUCUUGAAGCUGGACUAGAUCCUCCAACACGACCCUACAGUGGAUUGAGAAGACAACUGCCAACCAAGUCAGAAGGAGCGCUGAACGAAAUCGGUGUCGACAGCUCAACAAGUCCUCUGGCCGCAACACAAAACAGCCUUUCGCGCGAAAUGAUGAGCCAAAACGAUCUGGCUAUGGGUCGUAUACCGCGACGUGAAUCAAUUAGCAGGAGCGGUGGAUUAUCUGACUUGAGGACAGAGGAGAGACCCGAACCAGUCGAUGAGGCAUCUGCAAGAGCAACGGCAUUGAAAGGAAGUGUGCCAGCGUCAGCAAACCUUUCCGCAAAUCUGAUGUCAGAUGUGAAUGUAAACUCCAUGGGGCUUGAUGCGGAACCUACAGCGUUCUACUCAACGCAUCCUGAGGAUAAUCAUCCUGACGAUAGUGACGAAGAAUUUAACGCCCUCAUGGCGAAAAAUACCAAGUCGACUACAGGGUCGUCCCAGUAUCUACAGGACACUAUCCAAGCACAACCAGAGUCACCACCUCCACAACGUAGAGCCAUGAGGCCCGAAAGUGCGCGGCGCUCUGCAAAACGGCACCAACCGCUUCGCCAAGAAGAGGAUGAAUAUCAGGAUUCCAACACCGAUGCUAUCAUUCAACGUAUGCAAGAUGAUAGGCAGACAACUUUUGGGCUAGCAGACCCGCAGCCCCUUCCGAAAGAAAAGCAUCCAUGGCCGCCACGCUCCGAUAGUUUAGGCUACCCACCCACAGACCAGGACGACGACCAUUUGCGCAAUACAGACAUGAUCUUUACCGAGGCCACCCGCUCAACGUCGGAGACUUCCGCCGUAUCAAGCUCCGGCGGUCCGCUCAAGACAGAAUUGGAAGAGCUUUUCACUUAUAUUGCGGGAUAUGAACCACAAACGUUUGAACUCAACCCAGAGCUGAAAUGUUUUAUCCUGGAUUACAUGCCGUCCAUUGGUGACAUUGAUCCAAUCAUCAAAAUUCCGCCUCCAUCGCGAUAUCCAGAUGAUCCAUCUAAACCAGUGAAUACUCAAAAGCUGUCGUCAUUGGGAGCAAUAGUGCUCGAUGAACCUAAUAUACAGCAAUCUGAUCCGGCUGUCCUGGACCUUCGUCUUCGUGCUCUUCAAAAGAGCGAAUCCGCAACCCCUAAACUAACACCAUCCAAAAUCCGGUCAAUACAACUGGGUCCGGGAACAUCAGCACCCGACGGGCAAAAAGCCUUGUCGCAAUGGAUUCAAAAUGUUUACAAUCUUCACUUGCAGACGCCACAGGAUAAGGUGGAGUACUUUAAGCGAAUGCCGGAUGUCGAGAAGCUGAUGGCUCAAUGGCCUGACGCGGUCGAGGAAGGCUUCAAUGCUGGAGAGGUUCGGGUUCCACCAGCCGAGAUCGACCUGUCUUUGCGCGACUAUGCCCAACUAGCCUGCAAUAUGGUGGACAUACCCGUACAUGUCUUUAAAGAAAAAAAGUCGAAACCCAAGGAAAGCCGCACCUACAUCGAAUCUCUUCACGUACUGUUCACACUAUACGCCGAAUUUAAAAAUUCUCAGCAUUUCGGGCAUCGGCAGAAGGUCGCUGUGGCGGCCGAAGGUGGUUCCUCAGAUUAAACCAUAAGAAUUACACUGUAUGCUUUCUUCAAACAUAUAUUCAAAAGUCUCAUUUGUAAAAAAUCGAACAAAAGAAAAAGGUUAAGACUAAAAGUAAAAAUACAAAGUACAAUUCCUGGUACUGUCC